GAGACAGCAUAGCGAAGGUAACAGUUUGAUACUGACAAAUAAUAUCUUCAAGCAAUUAAGCAGUUAUAUACAUUACAAUAAUAUAUUACGUUCCUUGGUACUUUGGAGGGGCGGCAUGGUGGUGCAGUGGUUAGCACUGAUGCCUCACAGCUCUGGGACCUGGUUUCAAGUCUCCGCCUGGGUCACAUGUGUGCAGAGUUUGCAUGUUCUCCCCAUGUCGUCGUGGGGUUUCCGCCAGGUACUCCGGUUUCCCCCCACAGUCCAAAAACAUGCUGAGGCUAAUUGGAAUUACUAAAUUUCUCAUAGGUGUGUGAGUGUGCAGGAUAUUUGCAUAACCAGUUAACACCGAACAUGUUUGCAAGUCACCCAAAAGUACUAAAAAAGUAACCCAGCUGCUUUGGUACCCUGGGUACAGGUACUCGACUAGAAAUCAAUGGAAAAGUACAGUACCAAAAGUUCUUUAGAUGGUGCAAUGGAAAAAUGCUCAUAAUUAACUGAAAUUGAUUUCGGAAUGAAAACCUACCACAGACAAGUUCUUUUAUAAGCAUUCAAUGCUGGUAUAUUUCCUGUUAUCUGUUUUUAUGACUUUUUUCCGUCCUUUUUUCUAUUUCAGUACAGGGGUUUAGAUACAGCAUGGCUCCCUCCAGACCUGUCACUUAGGAGGACCAGGGCCAAGGCAAAGCCACCUUAUUUGGGGCCCCAUAGUUGGUGUGGCUGCACAGGAUGCACUAGCCUUGGCUGUGAUCACAUGUCUAAGAUAGGGUUUGGAUUAAGUCUAUCCAGUCUGUAUUUAGGCAAAAUGACAUAUUUAUUUCAAAUGUGGCUGCGUACAAUCGAUGAAAAAAAAGUUAGGGUAAAACUUUACUGAAAGCUCUCAUCUAUAAUGCACUACAGAUACCUUCAUAUGUAAUUAUGAUGGAUGAUGUAACAAUUUAAGGAUGUUUUGUUCUGCAUUAUGAAUGUAUCUAUAGUGCAUUUUAGCCAAGUGUUAUGCUCAUUAUGCAUUCAUAAUACAUAAUAAAGAUGACUAUAUAAAAAGCUUUUCUGUAAAUAUUUACAGCCAUGUUUAUGGUGCUUUAUGAAUUUUAUAUAUAUAUUGUGUGUGUGUGUGUGCGUGUGUGUGUUCAUUGAGUCUUAUAGACAUGGGAUCAUAGAAAGUGUUACCAAAGUGAUUUACAGUAUUAUUUAGCUUAUUAUCUUGACAAUUUUCCCUUUUGGAUGGGGCCCAUAGAAGGUGGGGGCAGUGCAGCAGCAAUAGUUGCACCCUGCUAAAAAUGGCUCUGUCUUCAUCCAUCAUGGAUGGAGAUAUGUAUUGGGGUCUGGCCAGGUGCAGCACGAGACAAAGUGGUCACCUUUCCACUCAGUGCCAUCCUUACCCAUAGGAAGUUGGACAGUUACCAAACACACCUGCAUCACACCUAUCCCGCGUAUCUUCUGUGUCUGUCAUCUUCAGAGAACACGUUCACUUAGUGAAAUAUUCAUGUGGUACAGGCCUCUCUGAUUGGCCAAUUAUUUUCUCUAGCCAAAGUUUUCACAUUAAGUUUGUCCACGUUUCUAUUCCUAAAUCUUGAGCAUAAAAAUGACUGACUUUCUUUGCUGGUUUUUCUAUCCAGUCUUAUUAAAAGGAGCAGCACAAAUCCAUUGGCAGUUUAACACAUUUGUAAUGCAGUAACCCUAAGUAGCAGUUCUAGCGGUAAAGUGGCUGCCAGUGUGAUCAGACCAUUUCUUUUAACAGAAAUGAGAAAAGAUCAUGUCCUAAUAUUGCACAGUGGCUGCUAAAAGCAUCAUGUACUGGUUGGAUGUAAUGCUCAAGAACUUAAGGCUGCACAGAGCUAUGCAGCUGUAGAGUAUACACAUAAUACUUGGCUAUUAAUAGGUAACUAGUUCAAUAAAAAAUGAAUUUCACAUACUAGCUUUUGUUGUUUGCAUUCCUUUGAAAUGUGAAGUGGCAUUCGAUACCCAUGUGGUGUCCUAGAUGAGCGUCACCUCUGGUGCAUGGCUGCAGUGAAAACAGUGAGAUGGAUUGGAGGGGGGGAACAGAGUAAAAGAUGUGAACUGGGUUGGUGCCGGUUUGCUAAAUCGGUACCCCGUCUGAAGAAGCCACCCCAGGCUAUGUGAAUGUCGGAUAUGUGAAUUAAUUCAAAUGCAUGAGCAGAAUUUAUACGUUUACUGCAUAUGCUCAUCGGGUAAUUAGAAUAUGGCUGUUACUUGACUAGGCUUGACUCCCAUCAUAUAGGAAAGGGUGUGAUGAACUCGAUCUUCACUUCCUGUUACUGUCAGGUUUUACUUCCUCCAAAUAUCAUGUUUCACUUCUUUUAUUUAGAUCAGUUUCACAUAGUUUUCCACCUGCAAGGUUCAUUGUUUUAUGUGUUUUGUGCUUAUUUUGAUAAGUCACUGCAUAAACAUCCACUGUAAAUACAACUUUGUUGUGACAUCAUCUUGAACAUUGAAAAUGGUAAGUGUGUUUUUGUUAUGAUAGUAGAUGGAAUGUUUCUUAAAUAUACUGCAUGAUGUAUUAUUACCUUAUUUCCUCCAAACUAAGUCUAAAAAAUAUUGCAGCUUAUUGAAGUGUAUACAAUACAUUAGAUAUAUCAUGUUAUAUCUUACCAAUUCUGGUACUUAGAAAUGGUUCUAUACGGCACUUUUAGGGGUUCUAUAACUUGCUUCAUAUAUGUAACUCAAGGUGGUUCCAAAUAGAACCUUUUUUGUGAGGCACCUUUAAAGAACCAUAUCGGUUCUUCUGGUACUGUACUUUCAAUUUCAUAAAUGGUCUGUAAUAGCAAGAAGCUUAUUUUUGAAAAGUGAGAUUACAUUGUAGUAUACUGUAGUAUAAUUUUUAUAUAUUACAAGAAAUUACAAACUAUGGUCUUAUAAAAUAACAGGUAACGAUUUACAUUAACUGCACCUCCAUAAUGCAUUCAUUAUACGUGUAUACAAAGAACAUUCAAUGCACUUUCAUAAUGCAUUCAUAGAACAUUCAUAAGCAGCAUGGAAGUAACAUCCUAACAUUAGCAGCUUUGAUACAAUUACAAUGUUUGUUAUUAAUAUAUAUGUUUGUUAUUAAUGUAUAUUAAGGCUGCAAUGGUAUAUUAGGUUAUGAUAUACUUCUGUGCUGCUUAUGAAUGUUCUAUGAAUGCAUUAUGAAGGAAUUAUGAAAACACCAAAAAUAAAGUAAAUGGCAAACAAUACAGGGGUUAACACUGAAUUUUGGUAUCGUUUGCCUCCACUAUGGUUUCUCCGUCUAUCUGUAUUGUGAUUUUUGAAAAAUGGAAGUGUUGAAGUAGGAUUAAUCAGCAAAUGUAGGCCUAAUCAUUUUCCUGGCAUCAUCUCACACUCACAUCUCUAACUGUCCGCAAAUGUAAUGUGGCGAGUGGUCAAGUGCUAACCAACCCCCCCGCCUUACAUUACGUCAGGAUAUUGUCCACAGUGGGUGGGAUCACUGCUCCAGAAAUGUCGUACAGUAUGGCUGAAUUGACAUCGAUACGUCGGAUGGUUUGAUAAUACUGUAUACCGAGUGCCAUAACAACCCUAAUGUAUACAAAAUCUGUGCAUGUUGCAUUACUGUAUGAUUCAUCUCUAAACUUAUAUUCUUUACAGGUCUCCUUGUGGAAGAAUCUUUUUCUGCUCUACCUUUGCAGCCGGCUUACAGCAGUCAGGAGUAGAAAUCCCGUUUUUUUUCCUUGUGAAAAUGAUACCCUUGCAACAACCCUUGAUUGUGAAAAGAGAGGCCUAACUAAUGUUCCCUGGAUUAACUCUGUCUCUGUGCUCUCCAUAAACCUGGAUGGAAAUAAAAUCCAGUCAGUGAAGAGCAAUGCACUAGCUGGAGUUCCUAAUCUUCAGAAUUUUAGCAUCAUGUGGAAUUGCCCUCCAGGUAAGCUGAGGAACCCAGGAACUCCUUCCUGCAAACUGACUAUUGCACCUGAUGCCUUUGUUCAUUUGAAGAACCUGAGUCAUCUUUUUCUGGGUGGAAACAGUUUGUUAUCCGUCCCACGUCUACCUGGUGGUCUGAAAGUCCUCGGUCUUGAAUCAAGUAAUAUAUAUAGAAUUAACACACCCUUGGGAACCCCGCAACUCAAGAAGCUGCUCUUGUUCGACAACUGUUACUAUCGUAACCCCUGCAACCAGACAUUCUAUAUUAAUGAAUCUGUAUUGCAAGAACUGCGGGAGCUCAUAAAUCUCACUCUGGGAUUUAACAAUAUCACCACUGUUCCCAAGGGCCUUCCUCAGAACUUGACCAGCCUAGAUCUAAGAGAAAACAAGAUCAGUCAUAUUGAUGAGAUUGCAUUUGCCAAUCUGACAAAACUCACCUACUUGAAUCUGGAAUGGAAUUGCCAGCGGUGUGAUCAUGCAGCACAACCAUGCUUUCCCUGCGCAAACAACUCUGCCAUAAAUAUACAUCCCAAGGCAUUCCGAACCCUGAGCAAUAUUACCUACUUGAUCCUUAGGGGAAAUUCACUAAGGGCCUUGCCUGAAGGGCUGUUCCAAGGACUACAAAGACUUACCUAUCUGGACCUCUCUGACAAUCUGUUGGCCAACAGCAUCAGAAAUGACUCUUUCUUCAGAGACCUGAAAAACGUCAAGACACUUAACUUGAUUUACAACUAUGAACCUCUGAAAACUUUCAAUGACCUGAAAUUGUCACCGUAUUUCAGUGAAAUGACGUCCCUGGAAGAAUUACUCAUCAGUGGGUAUUUUUUCCAUAAGUUGACUGAACGGAGUUUGAGUCCUUUAAGGAACCUCUCAAAACUUCAUUAUUUGGAUUUACGUAUGAACUUUAUAAGUGAGUGCCAGCUUAGUAUAUUCAGUAACAUAACCUCUUUGAAAAAAGUUGUUCUCUCACAGAACCUACUGGAAUUUCCAUAUUGUUCACCUAACACCAAUCGAUUUACUUUCCAAAACCAAAAUCAAUUAACUGGCAAAGUAAUCAUGACUCCAGAGGCAUUAAACUCUGAAGGCCAAUAUCUGGAAUCAAAUGAAAAGUAUUAUCAAAGCAUGCUGGAUUUUCAGAAACGGUACUGCCGUGGAAAACUGUUUUUUGACUUGUCACAAAACAAUAUUUUGACUCUGCGGGAAAACAUUUUUCAAGGAAUGGACACAGUAGUAUGUUUAGAUUUGUCACUUAAUUAUUUGAGCCAGUCACUGAAUGGGAAGCAGUUUAAACACCUGGGCAGCUUAGAAUACCUUAAUAUGGCUCACAAUAGGAUUGAUAUGUAUUACGAUGGUGCUUUUCAAGAACUAAGAAAAACACUUAAAGUGCUUGACCUGUCUAGUAAUGAAUUUCACUUUCGCAUGAAGGGCAUGGGGCAUCGCUUUGAAUUUAUUGAAAACCUGACGUCACUGGAGGUUCUGAGCCUGUCACAGAACAGCAUUGGAAUUCGCAUUUCUGCGACACUCCAGAGCUCCUCCCUCAGGUAUCUUUUCUUUUCGGGCAAUCGUUUGGAUAUAAUGUGGGACAUGGCGGGUGACCAGUAUCUUUGUUUCUUUCAGAACCUUACAAAUCUUGCAUACUUAGACAUUUCCAGAAAUCACCUGAAAUCUUUUAAACCAGAAGCCUUUUGUAACCUUCCAAAAACACUGGAAGUUCUAAAGGUUAACAGUAACCAACUAAUAUACUUUCCUUGGCACAAUCUUACAGUUUUAAACCAACUUUGUUGCCUAAACCUCAGUGGCAACUUCCUAAGCGAGUUACCUAAUCAACCCAUUAAAUUUGGGCACAAUUUAACCGUUUUAGACCUAAGCUACAACCAGAUUCGAUGGCUCCCAGAAAGUUUUUUUCAUGAGGCAGGCUCUCUUAUGUACCUUCUGUUGAAUCAUAAUAAGCUUAAAUUUCUUAAUGUCCAGUGCUUCCCGUCCCAGUUUACUGUAUCUCUUCAUAAACUGACCCUCCAUGGCAAUCCAUUUAUGUGCAGCUGUGAUACUUCAUGGUUGAUGGAUUUCUUACUAAGCAGCACCAUUCAAAUACCUUACCUGACCACUGGCAUUAGGUGUGGUUUUCCAGAGUCUCAGAAUGAAAAGCUUGUGCUGUCAAUGGACUCCCGCUCAUGUCAGGAGAUCUAUGGAAGUAUAGGAUUUAUUGUUACGUCCUUCUUGACCAUUAUUUUUACUUUGGUUCCUCUGCUCAAGAAGCUUUAUGGCUGGGACCUUUGGUAUGGUACACAGAUAGUUUGGGCUCAACAUAAAGGGUACUCUCAGUUACUGGGAAAACAAGGCCAGCAUGACGCUUUUAUCAUUUUUGAUACUCUUAAUGCUGCUGUUAGAGACUGGGUCUACAAUGAGUUAAUAGUUAAUCUGGAGAACCAAGGAAGGCAGAGAUUUAGUCUCUGUCUGGAGGAAAGAGACUGGGUCCCAGGAAUUUCCUGUAUAGAAAACCUCCAUAAUGCUGUUUAUAGCAGUAAAAAGACCGUGUUUGUGCUGACUAGUACAGGCUCAGUCAGUGGCAUAGCAAGGCAAGCCUUCAUUAUGGUCCAGCAACGUCUUCUGGAUGAAAAGAUUGAUACAAUUGUACUGGUUCUUCUGGAUGAGGUCUUUCCGAAGUCAAAAUAUCUUCAAAUGAGAAAAAUGCUAUGCAGAAAGUCAGUCCUCUCUUGGCCAAGAAACCCCCGUGCUCAUCAGCAUUUCUGGAACAAUAUGAAAGCAACAUUAGCUUCUGACAACUGCCGUUCCUACAAUUGUCAUAUAAGUGAAAGUCUGUUGUCCAAUGGUUUGAUAUAGUAGUCAUAUGUGAAUUUUUUUUCACAUUCAUGAUCGUCAAAGUGUUCAAAUAACACAUUUAUGUGGAUUUUUUUUGUAAAAAAAUGCUAUUGGAUGGUGAUUCAGUGGGCAGCACUUUUCUUUCCAGGGUUGUGUAUUUGUGUCCCUCUUCUGUAUUUUUGGAAUUUGCAGGUCGUCCUUGUGUGUUUUUCCUCCCAAAAGCAAUUGACAGAUGCAACUGAAUGUUUCGGUGUCUCUGUGUUUUUAAUACUGGCAUUCUGUGUGCCCUGUCAUGGAUAAAAAGUUGAAGGAACAAGUGGAAAAAAAUGUAUUGUAAUGCUCGGAAUGUUACAUCUGUGUUUAUGUUGCUGGAAGUUUUACUGGCCUCACUGAAUGUCUUUAUAUUGUGGGAGGGAGCCGGAGUACCCAGAAGUAACACCCACAUAAAGCCAGGAGAACCAACUGCACCCACGUAAAAUAAAAUUCAAACAAAGGUUUGUGGCAGCUCUGCCACCCACUCAGAAAUCGUACCACUAAAGUGUUUCAACUUCAUUAAUUUUAUAUUAUUUGUAAUCAUAACUAAUGUGAUCAUAAUGUGUAAGACAUACAAUUAUAUUUUAAGCUGGCAUGGAUUGUGGAAUUAUGACUGAUAAAAAAUGAUUACGCCUCCUUAGUUGUGGAGCAAUUGUUUUCUCUCUCUGUACAUCCCACCAAAGGGGUUCAGUGUUCUGCUUAGAAAACUGGACAUUUGCAGGCAUUGACUUAUAGAAAACGGGAACUAAAAAUGUGAAUUUUGCAUUCAUUUUUGUAUGCUUUAUCUAAUCUUGUGCUAAUUAUUGCACUUGCAAAUGAACGAAAAAUAUACAUUCACCCGUAUAGAUCAGCGAAUUUGACAUUCGAGGUUUCGGUUAUUUGGGAAUUAUUUAUUAAAAUUUAUUUAAAUGGGAAUAUUUUGAAGCUUGCUGAAUAAUCACAAAGACACGGAUAUGAGCCGUCAGCGAAAAACACUCCUGAAAAUGAUUCGAGUUACAUAAAAUUAUAGAAUAUAUAAAUAUUAGUGAGACAUAACAUGUAUAUAUUAUAUCUUUAAUAUUAAAAGUCUUGUUUUAUGAUGCCUCUGUCACUCCCCUGCACUCUGUCUCUCGCACAAACACAUCCUAACUUUCCCGAAAGGAACACAACACACAUAAAAUAGCGACUAGAUCUUCUUCUAGAGACCCAUAGAUGUAAAUAUUGUAGCACUGGUGGGGCACAUGUCCCAGCAUGCCCCGCGUGCAUUUGUAAAUAGCCAUUGUUGUGUUGUUAAUGGUUGCAUUUCUUUAUUGUGGUGCGUGUGUCCGUCUGUAUCUGGUGUUUACCUGGUCCGAUGCUCGCGUGUAUUUAGCUUGUGAAAAUCUCCCACCAUGUGUGCAUCUUGCAGUUCGACAUCUGGCAACCUUUUGUGUUCGUCCCUGUGUAUUUGAUAUGGUGUAUGUAAUAGUCUUCUUAAGGAUUGCAAAUAAAGAGGAAGUUUUCGCCGGCAAGCAAGUCUUCUUGUCUGUCCUUGGUCUCGCGAUUCCUCGGUCCACCCGUCCACCACAAUAUUAGAGAUUUAAUUAAUCUCUUCUUGGUAAUUGUUGGAGUUAGACUCCACCGAGUUCGUUGAGGAGGACAGUAUCUCAUCCUCCCUGAUACCAGGGAGGUCCGUCUCUCUUUAUUUGUUGUAGAGAUCCUGUACCCUCUGUCAAUCCCGGUCGAGCCCCCAAAUUGUUGGAGUUAGACUCCACCGAGUCCGUUGAUGAGGAAAAGAUGCAUUCGUGAGGCAAAGGAUGGUUGUAAGUCCGCUCUCUUUAUGUGUUGUAGAGAUCGAUCCGGGAGCCACGCUCAGAUGCACAAACAGUACAUACCCAAGGAAGCUCAGCUCUCUGUUGUCUGUGUUUGGCUUUUAUACCCCGUUUAGGGCAUCUACAAUUCUUGUUGGUAUCUUUCCACUCUCGUGACAUACAACUAUUGUUUUGACAGUGCUAUGCGUUAGUACCCACCCCCUGCGUCAGCGACCCCCACCCUUGUUAGGCCCAGCAGGUCAAGCAUAAGCAUAAUGUCACCAUGCCCUGAUAAUGCACCUUCUGCUUUUCUAAUUUUACUUACAUUAUGAGAAGGGGCGAAGCCCCCCUUUUCUUCCUGCCUGUGUGCCAGUUUGUUCCCAUUUCUUAGUGUGACAAAGUUUAGCACAAAGCCUGGCCCCCCUUCAUAAUAAAUGGGACUUUCUGCCAGCACUAUUCAACUAAGUGAUGAUAAAGUUUCUGGUAAUUGAGUAGUUUGCUUUAUGGUGUUUCCCAAAUCAGUGCCAGAUCUGGCUGCGUUUUUUUGACAGGCUUCUUGCUCAUUAUUGUGCCCUAACAGCAAACAAGGUAAGAUCAGAGUAGUGUACAGUAUAGACGCUCCACUACUUACGAACGUUCAACUUACAAACUUUCAGGCAUCCGAACGAAGAGGACUGUGUGUCCAAAUUGUGUUCAUUGGGCUCCCGUUUCCUGUCCGGAACAUCAAUUUUUUUUUUCUGCGCGACAAUUCCACCUAGUAUGACUUCUGGCCGCUACUCCCGCCGCGCAGCAGCGUAGCGUGCGUACUCCCAGCAUCCUAGUUCUUAGUACUUGCAUAUACUUGUAAAUGAUGUUGCAUAAUGACUUACGAACAUUUCAAGUGGUAGAUGUAGCUGGGGAGAGAGAGGUCUGGGUAUCUCUCCUGAAGCUGCGACCCCCGCGACCCGAACCCUGGACAAGCGGGGGCUAAUGGAUGGAUGGAUGGAACAUUUCAAGUUACAAAUGGCCGUUUGGAACGUAUCUCAUUCAUAAGUGGAGGAGCGUCUGUACUGUUUGAAACAGCUGUACUGUAUUUUGAAAGAGUCAAUAAAAUUCCGUGAAUAGUGA